GUGGAUGUGGUCGUGAGAAGAAAAAGAAGAUCAACAAACCUGCUGACGAUUUGAUCCAAGAAAUCCAAGAACAGGCUGUCGUAGCAGACGAGUUUAAUAAAAUUUUUGAUUUUAUCAAUUAG